ACGUGAUGUUUGCUGAUCCGAGCUGAUGCGCAGCUGCCUCCCUGUAUGUCUAACCCUGUUUCAUCGUCCACCACGUGACUACCACCUCACCAUGGCCUCCAGUGCUUCCACUCGACGUCGUCCACCUAGAGCUCGUGUCAAUGCUAGAGCAUCGAGGAGAGCGCUUCUUGCAAGAUCCGAUCGACUUCAGUCGCCGCACUCCAUGCCAACUCUUGGCAUGAUGGCUCUGCCAGCAAGGCUGUGCCGCACUCCAACUUUGCAUCUGCACGCCAUACUUGAGUUUGAGAGCACUGCGACGUCCACAGCUCGGAGCUGAUUCUAACACUCCUCUCAUAUCGAGCCACCAUAUUCUGAUUUACUCACAAAGUUCUGUGUAGUCUCAUCGACUCAACCUGGCAGCCAACACCGAAGUAGCCCUCGCUCGUCAUGACCAACCUCGAAAGCCUUCCAUUGGAAAUCCAUGAGCAAAUCUUCGCAUACCUUGUACCCCACCAGCAUCACACAAAGCUCUCCUGUCUCGAUCCUUCCUACACGUACCUCAAAGAGAGGCCCGACAUCUACAACAUUCGGUUGACCUGUCGGCGUCUACGUACGGCAUCAUUGCAGACCUUCUUUUGGAUCUUGGAAGAUCUUCCAACAAAGUUCCAAGAAAGGACACUGCGGAAUCUAGCUGCCCUUCUCAAGUCGCCUGAAAUCUCUAGCAGACUCACAUAUCUGACCCUUUCACCUUACCAUCUCUUCACGGGAAAAUACUACCCGCAUUCCUUAGAUGUCAUCGUCGACUUCCAAAGAGGCGAAUUCCAUGCUCGCUGCGCAUGGCUUCGAGACACUCUCUCGGAAACGCUGGUGGCCAUUGUUCGCCUGGCCCCCCAAAUUCGCCAUCUGGUCUGUGUCAUCGCAACACUUCGUCUUACAUUUAAUGAUGGAGGCGACGGAGCUUCCGUGGGCACGGUUUUUAGCGACACUAUUGACCCUUUGUGCAUUAUCCAAGCCGUCCUCAGAGAUACUCAGUUGUCAGAAAGGCUCGAGUCCAUGUAUCUCUUCCCCAGUGGUGGCCAAGGGACGUUUCGGCAUACUGGCAACAUUCCUGAGAGCCUCACUCCUUUGAGCUACGACAACCUUCGUCAUUUGACACUCGCGCCGAGUACACGGAAAAUCUCCGACUUUCGCAUUCUGGCACCGCAUUUGACAAGCUUGUGCAUUGUGCUCGACAGACGUUGCGAAGAGGAUCUGAGUUCACUAUUUACCCAAGGAGUCUGCUUUCCCGAACUAUGCCCUACGCUGCGCAGCUAUACUAUCCGUGGAGAUCAGGUCCGAGAUGCAGAGUUUGCCAAGCUACUGUGUGAGAUCCCGACUAAACUUCUAUUACAAUUCAUUACACCCAUCUUCGAACACGACUGGACACUGCCGGUAGUCUCGCUAGAAUACAUCAUAUCGGAAGAGGAAGAAGAUGGAGAACUCACUCACAUCUCUGACUUCCAGGGUAGCGGCCGGAUCGGGUUAUUGGUUUUCCGGAACUUCUACCAUUCCAUACCUCAAUCGCGGCACAAGGCAGGAACCUCCAUCUACGAGAAUACCAAAACAGUCGAUCAUCACUGGAAACCCUACGAGGCGCUGCUUGCAAAGUGCGACAGCUCCCGUAUUGAACACUUACCUGGAUGUGAUUGAUCCAUUCAGGCGUUGAUGUAGAGUGGUCGCAGUAAGAAGUUGAUCUCGA